AAUUAUGAAACAAGGUUAGGAAAACCUAAAGACUAAUUUACACUUUUAAUCUGUCAGGGAAAUUGGGUGGACGAAAUUCACUGUCCAUCACUGUACAUUUUUGAAUCGGCCCUCGGCCGCCACAACACAACACGCGUUGACCUCAGUUGGCGAAGUGACUCACCAGAAUUCUGAAACUUGAAUCCUUGUGCGCAUUUCAAAGCAUGCCUUAUUUAUAAAUGUUUUUCUACGUCUGUAGUUGUCUCUGGUCUGUAGAACUUGUAUUGGCCCGUAGUUAUAUAAAAUGUGCGCAGCACCUUACGAUGGAGGACUCUAGGAUUUAUACAGAGGCAUUUUUUUUCGAGUCGCUCACAGUGGUGUCUUCGUUCUCUUUACUAGCCAACGCCUUGCUUAUUUUUGUCAUUCUUAAAUACAGAAAACUGCGAGAAGACACUAGUAAUUUAAUCUUCCUACUUUUCAAUAUUUUGGAAGGCGUGAUUUUGCUUUGUACGUUUUUCAUACCAAAAUUUUUCGACUCACAAAAUUUUCGUUUGUUUUGUACUUUUUUCCUAAUUGACAUCAGUGCAAUAUUUGCCAUAUUGAUAAUUUUAUUUCUUCUAAUAUGUGAUAUUUACAUCAAAAUUUAUUAUAAAAACAAGUAUAAAAAUUUUGGCCUCUUUUGUAAAUUUGUUCUUAUUCUAACUUGUAUUUUAACAGUAUGUGCUCCUUUCUUUACAGUACCUAUAUGCAUGUCAAAUCAAUAUAUGCCUUUGUUUAUUUUGUUUAUUUCGAUAGGGGUUACAGCUAUUUUAGUGUUAUUUUUAAUUAUUAUUAAUAUUGUUCAUGCCAUUAGGAAAAGAAGAUUAACUAAUUACAAAUCGAGUAAUAUUGGACUAGUUGUACCAAAUAUUUUCCUGCUAGCGGCAUGUUCAACUUUAAUAUUAUAUUUAUGUCUAGAAUUGCUUUAUUAUAUACAAGUAGCUCCAAUUACUUAUAUUUUGCUUCUUAUUUUGUUUGUGUUGACUUUCUCAAAUCCCAUAAUUAACUUAAUCUAUGUUUAUGUUUAUGACAAUGAUUAUAAUGUGUUCUUAAAAGUAACUUUUAAUUGUAGAUGUAGGGAAUACGAAAAUGUAAAUUUAGAAGAUCAGUCUGUAACAUUUAAUGAACAAAAUGGUGUGCUAAUUACCCAAAGCUAAAUUUAAUAUUAAGAGUACCAGUUUUUAUACUUUUUUGUUUAAUAAAAAUAUUAAUGAAA